GUAGUGCUGUACUUUCACAAUAAAAGUCUGGACCUUAUUGCGCAGAGGUGCUGCAGCACCCUCAGAAGAAUCCGUACUUUUCCAGACUGCUGUCUGUGAGUCAGCUAUGUAUUCAGGCCAUCAAGAUGGAGCUGAGUAAGAUGGAGGUGGGUCGGGCCAACAGACACGUUUCUCUCCUGACCUCUUUCAUGUCGGGGUCCUUCCUCCGUUGCGGCGGAGACCACAAAUGCAUCCUGCUCAUACCCAGACUUAUCUGCAAGGCUGAGCUGAUCAGCAAACAGGCCCAGGAGAAGUUUGAUCUGAAGGAGAAAUGUGUGGAGAGAACGGGGCUGAGGGGAGCCGUCAGGGAGCAGCUAAGCUUCGCAGGCGGCCUCGUCUACUCGCUCAGUCUCCUGCAGGCCACUCUCCACAAAUAUGAACACACUUGUACGGUAUCCAUCUGGCAGAUCAGAAUGAGGACUGCAACAUGCAGCUUGCUGAUCACAUCAGAGUACAAACAUACAUCUGCGAUAAAUCUGUUGACGAUGAAAAACCACAUUUCUUGAUUGCAGACUUCCAGUUGGGAUGUUUUCUUCUUUCUUUUGAUCUGAAUCAGCUUGUGUUAAUAUGGUUAUAAAUAUUGCAACUGUAUUUAGAUGCACU